UUUGUUAGAAAAAAGGAUCUACUUACUGGGGCCCUCCUGACAUAGAAAGAGAUGUGGGGGGAUUCUCGAUCUGCUAACAGAACAGGACCUUUUCGGACUGGGUGAAAGCUUUUUCUGCAGCAGUCAUGUUGAAAACCUUGUGUUGACUUUCCUCGUGUUCUGAAAUGGGAGCAUAAAAGUUUACUCGUCACUUCGUCUUAAAAUAGCAAAACUUUGCUGUUUUCUGCAGAUCUAGGACCUUGUUGCAGAACUCUGCCAAAAAAAAAAAAAAAAUGUUUAAAGAAGAAUGUGCUGUGAUUAGAGAAGAAUAUGCUGGUGUGUAGAUUUCAAACUCUCUGGACAAUAUGAAUAACACUGUCUUUGUUUCUACAGUGGGAGCCAAGAAGAAAGGUUUGCUCCCGGGUGGAACAGGGAUUAUCCUCCUCCUCCCCUUAAGAGUCAUGCUCAAGAGAGACACUCUGGCAACUUUCCUGGCAGAGAUUCACUUCCCUUUGAUUUCCAGGGGCAUUCGGGGCCUCCCUUUGCAAAUGUAGAGGAGCAUUCUUUCAGCUAUGGAGCUAGAGACGGACCACAUGGUGACUAUCGAGGAGGGGAGGGACCUGGACAUGAUUUCAGGGGGGGAGAUUUUUCAUCUUCUGAUUUCCAGAGCAGAGAUUCAUCACAGUUGGACUUCAGGGGUAGGGACAUACAUUCUGGGGAUUUUCGGGAUAGAGAAGGGCCACCUAUGGACUACAGGGGUGGAGAUGGUACUUCUAUGGAUUAUAGAGGUAGGGAGACACCGCAUAUGAACUACAGAGACAGGGAUGCUCACACUGUUGAAUUCAGAGGUAGGGAUGCUCCUCCAUCUGACUUUAGGGGCCGGGGUACCUAUGAUUUAGAUUUUAGAGGCCGGGAUGGAUCCCAUGCAGAUUUUAGGGCAAGAGAUUUAUCAGAUUUGGAUUUCAGGACCAGAGAUCAAUCUCGUUCUGAUUUUAGGAAUAGAGAUAUAGCUGAUUUGGACUUCAGGGACAAAGACGGAACACAGGUAGACUUUAGAGGGCGAGGUUCAGGUACUACUGAUCUAGACUUUAGGGACAGGGAUACACCACAUUCAAAUUUCAGAGGUAGACACCGGUCCAGGACUGAUCAGGAUUUUAGGGGCAGAGAGGUGGGACCUUGUAUGGAAUUUAAAGAUAGGGAGAUGCCUCCUGUGGAUCAAAAAAUUUUGGAUUACAUUCAGCCCUCUGCACAAGAUAGAGAACAUUCUGGUGUCAGUGUGAACAAGAGAGAAGAAUCCACACAUGACCAUACAGUAGAAAAGCCCACUUUUGGUGUUCAGAAGGCAGAAUUUGAGCAUUCAGAAACAAGAGAAGGAGAAACAAAAGGUGUAGCCUUUGAACAUGAAUCUCCAUCAGACUUUCAGAACAGCCAAAGUCCAACUCAAGACCAAAACAAAUCACAGCUUUCUGGAGGUGAACAGAGUUCAGACGCUCGUCUGUUUAAAGAAGAAGGAGAUCUGGAUUUUCUUGGUCAGCAAGACACUGAUUACAGAAGCAUGGAGUACCGUGAUGUGGAUCAUAGGUUGCCAGGGAGCCAGAUAUUUGGCUAUGGCCAGAGCAAGUCUUUUCCAGAGGGCAAAACUCAACGAGACCUACAGGAUCAAGAUUACAGGACUGGCACAAGUGAGGAGAAGCCUAGCAGGCUUAUUCGAUUAAGUGGGGUGCCUGAAAAUGCCACAAAAGAAGAGAUUCUUAAUGCCUUUCAGACUUCCGAUGGCAUGCCUGUGAAGGAGUUGCAGUUAAAGGAGUAUAAUACAGGUUACGACUAUGGCUAUGUCUGCGUGGAAUUUUCACUCUUGGAAGAUGCCAUCGGAUGCAUGGAGGCCAACCAGGGAACUCUAAUGAUCCAUGAUAAAGAGGUCACCCUUGAGUAUUUACCAAACCCGGAAUUUUGGUACUGCAAACGAUGUAAAGCUAGCACUGGUGGGCAUCGAUUUUCAUGUACAUUCUGCAAGUGCCCAAGGGAAGAGACCAAGCAAGAAUUAAUAUCCUACCCUCAGCCUCAGAAAACAUCCAUACCAGCAUCAUUAGAAAAACAACCCAACCAGUCCCCAAGGCCAGCUGAUAAGGAACCUGAAUCUAGGAAGCAAGAAGAAGGACAAGAAUCACGUAUGGGACAUCAAAAGAGAGAAACAGAAAGAUAUCUGCCACAUUCUCGAAGGGAAGGAUUCACUUUCCGAAGAGACCGAGAGAAGGAGCCAUGGUGUGGAGAGACUCGACAAGAUGGAGAAAGCAAAACAAUAAUGCUAAAACGCAUCUAUCGUUCCACUCCACCUGAGGUGAUAGUGGAAGUGCUGGAGCCCUAUGUCCACCUCACUACUGCCAAUGUCCGUAUCAUCAAGAACAGAACUGGCCCCAUGGGCCACACCUAUGGCUUUAUAGACCUCGACUCCCACGCGGAAGCUCUUCGUGUAGUGAAGAUCUUACAGAAUCUUGAUCCACCGUUUAGCAUUGAUGGGAAGAUGGUAGCUGUAAACUUGGCCACUGGAAAACGAAGAAAUGACUCUGGGGACCAUUCUGACCACAUGCAUUACUAUCAGGGUAAAAAAUAUUUCCGAGAUAGGAGGGGAGGUGGCAGAAAUUCAGACUGGUCUUCAGAUACAAAUCGACAAGGACAGCAGUCAUCAUCUGACUGCUACAUAUAUGAUUCUGCUACUGGCUACUAUUAUGAUCCCUUGGCAGGAACUUAUUAUGACCCCAACACCCAGCAAGAAGUCUAUGUGCCCCAGGACCCUGGGUCACCUGAGGAAGAAGAAAUAAAGGAAAAGAAACCCACCAGUCAAGGGAAGUCAAAUAGCAAAAAGGAAAUGCCUAAAAAAGAUAGCAAGGAGAAAAAAGACAGAGGAGUGACAAGGUUUCAGGAAAAUGCCGGUGAGGGGAAGGCCCCUCCAGAGGACGUCUUUAAGAAGCCCCUGCCUCCCACUGUGAAGAAGGAAGAAAGCCCCCCUCCACCGAAGGUGGUAAACCCACUGAUUGGCCUCCUGGGUGAAUAUGGAGGAGACAGUGACUAUGAGGAAGAAGAGGAGGAGGAACAGAUCCCUCCUCUACAGCCCCGCCCAGCACAGCCCCAGCCACGGGAAUUGCUGACCAAGAAGGAAAAUGAAGAAGACAAACUUACUGACUGGAAUAAACUGGCUUGUCUGCUCUGCAGGAGACAGUUUCCCAAUAAAGAAGUUCUAAUCAAACACCAACAGCUGUCGGACCUGCACAAGCAAAACCUGGAAAUCCACCGGAAAAUUAAACAGUCUGAGCAGGAGCUAGCCUACCUGGAGAGGAGAGAACGCGAGGGUCGGUUUAAAGAGAAGGGAAAUGAUCGCAGGGAAAAGCUCCAGUCUUUUGACUCUCCAGAAAGGAAACGGAUUAAAUACUCCAGGGAAACUGACAGUGAUCGUAAAUCUGUUGAUAAAGAAGACCUUGACACUAACAGUAAAGGUGGCUGUGUCCAGCAAGCCACUGGCUGGAGGAAAGGGGCAGGCUUAGGAUAUGGCCAUCCUGGAUUGGGUUCAUCAGAGGAGACGGAUGGCCGGAUGCGGGGACCUGGUGUUGGCACUCCAGGAAGAACCAGCAAGAGACAGUCCAAUGAGACUUACCGAGAUGCUGUUCGAAGAGUAAUGUUUGCUCGGUAUAAAGAACUUGAUUAAGAAUGGAGACAAGUCCCACAGGACACAUCUCCUUUUUUGUUUGUCUGUCUCUCCUUUUGUUUUGUUACUGUUCUUGCUGCUAGAACUUUUUUAAAUAAACUUUUUUUCAAUGUGA